AUGGCACAGUCCGUGCCCGAAUUGCCCGCAAGUGAGCGAGGCACGCCCGCGGUGCGCGCAGCCAAGGAUAUCGCGUUUGGGAGCGUUGCUGGAGUAGUCUCAAAAUUCAUCGAACACCCGUUCGACCUUACCAAAGUCCGCCUUCAAUCCCAGGUCCUCGACGCCCAAGCGCGCUUUUCCGGUCCUCUAGACUGCCUUACGCAGACGUACCGGAAUGAAGGCAUACGCGGGCUGUACCGGGGUUUACCGGCUCCGGUAGUCGGUGCAAUGGCAGAGAACGCGACGCUUUUUCUCGCCUACAGCGAGAUUCAGGGCGUCGUACGCGAUGCAUUCGGCCUACUCCCUGGUCAAUCACUAUCGCUUCCGCAACUUGGGAUCGCAGCGGCAGGCGCAGGCGCUGUCACCAGCUUCGUACUCACACCUAUAGAGCUUAUCAAAUGCAAGAUGCAAGUUCAAAUGCUUGUCGGAGCACCGGCAACUGGCGUUUCUGCCGCAAAUGCAGCGGCGCUUCCUGGUCCAUUGGCAGUUUUGAAAGAAGUCGUCAGGUCGUCGGGUGUACGCGGGUUAUGGCUUGGUCAGGUCGCGACACUGGUGCGCGAGACGGGCGGAAGCGGCGCAUGGUUUCUUUGCAAAGAGUACGUUGCGCAGAAGCUACUGGCGCGACGCGGGGCGAAACCAGGCGGCGACCUCGCAGCUUGGGAGAGCGCGUUCUCUGGGGCAUGCGCGGGUGCCAUGUAUAAUCUUGCCUUCUUCCCUGCCGAUACAAUCAAGAGUACCAUGCAGACGGAGGAAGAACUGCGGCCGGAUUUGAAGGGUCAGAAGGGAAGAAACUUCAUAGUGGUCGGUCGAGAGCUGUGGCGCGCGCAGGGCUUCCGCGGGUUGUAUGCCGGUUGUGGAAUCACUAUCGCACGGAGCGUGCCCAGUAGUGCAGUAAUAUUCUGGAUAUACGACGGACUGCGGAAACGGUUUGGAUAA